AUGGGGAUCUGUGAACUCUGCAAUAGUGAAUAUCCAGACGGUGGGGACUCCAAAUCAAUUCACGAGUCUGGUAGACGGCAUCAGAGAUCCCUGGAACGUCAAGCUCAGGCGGCUGAAUUACCCAAGAAGUCCGUCUUUGUAGCACUGACUUUUAAACACGAUGCUGGUGAUGAACUUCUAGAUCCGAAAGUUAUCGCCUCUGCUUUUAGCACUUUCGGUAAUGUAACUCACGUCUCCUGCGGCUUCCUCCAAGACCAUGCCUUCGUAGAGUUCGACGGUGAAGACGCCGUUGAGCGGGCCAAAGCUGCAAAAUCCAUAAAGAUAACUGAAACACUGACUGGAGUCAUUUAUGAACGGCGUGCGACUUUUAGUGAUGAUCACCAUGGUCCAUCUGUAGAUAUAGACGAGGUCAUCGAACAUGUCAGCGAUGCAUGUUGUCGUGGUUUUCUAGCUCAGCUUGAUCGAAUCGCUUCUUGCAUCGGCAUUACUGAAAAGGAGGUGCAACGCCGGAACAUGUUUCGAAAGCGCUUUGAAGAACUGUUGUCCACAUAUGUACAGGAUCCGAAUGUCAUUCAAUUUGGCUCAGCUGUGACCGGGCUGGGUACAAACGACUCAGACAUAGAUCUCUGUCUUCUCUUCAAGGACGAAACACCUGCUCUCAUGGACGAGUUCAUACGUUAUCAGAAUAUUCUGUUGACAUGCCCAACAGCACAUUUCGAAGAGAAUCCCAUACAUCGGGAUGAACUGAGCCCCCUUCCGGCACGGGAACAGACGGAGGUACUGUUCCGAGUAAUGAAGGAAAUGAAAAGAGAAAAAAGUGGAUUCUUCAAAAGCUUGUACAUUGUGUCAGAUGCUCGAUGUCCAGUGAUUCGCUUUCUUUCCUACGAUAGGCAUCUAGUUGAGUUAUCCGUGAACAACAAGAUCGGAUGCCAGAAGUCUGCCUUCAUCGGAGCACUAGUGCGAGCUGACCAAUCUGGUCUUCUUCGAAAAUUAAUUUUGGGUCUACGACUAUGGGCAGCGUCCAAUGGUGUUUUUUCGUCGGAGAAAAAAAGAACGUGGAAUCUCAACUCAUAUACACUGAACUUGAUGUUUUUCUCAUUCCUGCUUUCGGAAAAAUUGUUGCCUGUCACGAAUUAUUCUGAAGAGGAGUUACACAAUGGUGCUGAAACGGACUUUACUGUCCCAUCAUACACGUUGGCUGACACCGAUAUUCGUAAGCUUUUCAAGAUCAACAUGAGCAGCUCGCGAUUCAAUGGGGAAUGGAUAGAGACUCUUUCAUUUGUUCUCGAAUCUCAGCAACAGGCCUUAGUUUUGGCUAGGGAUAUCAAGAAAUUCUUCGUUCUAUGCAUCGAACGUCAGUUGGAAAAAACUUUAUUUUCAUUGCGAAAUGGUGGAGUAGUGCCACUUGAAGACUUCAAAGAACAGAUGACUCUGAAGCCGCAAUCCAUCCUUUUUGUCCAGGAUCCAAUCGAGUUAACUGACAACGUGGCCAAGAAUGUAACUAGCAAGGCUCUGAAAACCAUGAGACAUGCAAUGAUGCUUUCGUUGGCCGCAAUGAAGCAAAAUGCGGAUUCAUUUGCUGUUAUGUUACGUGUCUUGAAAAACAAUUCUACAAGUUCUUCUCCAGCGCCAUCAUUGCCUUCAACAGAAGGAUCUUGCCGUGUUUCUGGAUUCCCCGAGGAAUUCGACAUUGGAACAUCGGAGUCAGUGCUUUCCUUUAUUGCUUCCGCGGUAUUGUACUGUGAGAGUGCGGCAACUCCCGCAAAAAAGCCCCGCCUAGACAGUGAGGUCAACCAUCUGGGUUCGUUUGAAGUUCAUAAGAAACUUUGGAUGUCACGACGAGCGCUACGAAAGAAGUGGAGCGGUUUGUUAAAGCCCGAUGAGCAGUUUCCCUUGAUUGUUGAGGCACUGGUAUCGAUGUCUCUGAAUAGCACGGCUCCUUCCGACUGUCGCUUGAUGUUCCAUACGUUUUUUGAUGUGUAUAAAGACUCACUGUGGGUUGGGUUGAAGUUAGUCGAAGGAGAAACGGUUGACCUCGCCAACGUGGCCCACUUUAUUGACCAACUGCUGACGAAAACACGUGAUUAUCUACAAAAUGGCGAAAUCAGUAGAUGUCAGAUGUCUUUGGAGGAGUUUACGUCUCAGGUAAAGACGAUAUUCGACCGUGAAAAGGAACACUUGUAG